AGGGAGGAUUCGUACCCAUCCUCUCUCCCUUUCAGUUUCACCCACAACGCACAGGACGGACGCACACGAAAGGAGAGAAGGGCAAAGGAAAAAAAGAGGGUUCGGAUUGGUGCCCGGGCCAGGGGACGCCUCCCCCCCCCCCCCCAUACCUCGCAGCAGCAGCAGCAGGAUUCGUUGAGCGAUUGAUUGCAACGUCCCGUGCCUCCGUCGCAACAUUCUCUACCCCCUCCGGCCAAAUUCCAUUCCCGUCCCUUCCAACGUCCACCCACGUCCUCUCUCGGGACCGCGUCGUCCCGAUUCUUCUUUCCCUCCCCCGUUCCGGCUGACCACGUCGCUGCUGCUGCUCCCCGGCCUCCACCCACGCCUACGUUCUUGCCUUGGCUGGCUCCUCCUCCGCUUCGGUUUGGAUUCGGCUGUUUCUUCCGAUCGGGUGUUUGCGGGUCUGCAAUCUGACCCGGACUACGCAGCGCAAUCCGACGGGCAGGAGAUUCGGCAUGCCAUAAGAAGAGGGCAAAUGUGGCGUCUGUUCAACGACCUGUGGGAUGUUCUAGGAUCCGGGUUUUUCUCAUCGAGGUUCCUGUAACCCACUUCCCCCUUAAUCCGCGGCAAGGAGGGGAUCUCGGUCGCAUUGAGGAGAUAGAUGGACGACGAGGAUUACUCGUGGGUGCGGCGGACGAGAUUCUCCCACUCCGUCGUCCGGUCGAACUCGGGCAGGGAGCAGUUCGGUGCCUUCGUCGAGCAGUUCAACCGCGGGGCGGCGCUCAAGCAGAAAGGGUCGGAUUCGGGGUUCAAGCUCCACGGCUUGAACUUUGAGCCCAAGACGAAAACUUCUUCGGCCACCAACUCGGCGAAUUCCUCUGUUCUAAGAUCAAGGUCGUCGAGCGCCCAGCCCAAGGAUUCGUCCUCGAACGGCAAACCGGCGCAGCACGACAAGGCCAGCGAUCCUGGCCUCCCCUCGCAGCAGGCACUGACCAAGCAAGAAGACAGCUCUGGGAACGGGACGAAAGGGAGCAAUCUGUUCGUCGACGUUUGCUGCCAACCCGAGGUCCAGGAAUCGAAGGCUGAAAUCCCUGUGCCUCUCGAGUUCUCCUUCCAUCCCGACGAGCAGAGCUUGAGGCUGCAAAGGGUGUGCUCCAGCCCUUCUCCUUUCCCAAGCGAGAAAAUGCCGGCCUUUGAUGCGCCGCCAGCGCGCAGCUCAUCGCUCAAGAUCAUCGGCGACGGCCGGCAACCGAUGCUGAGGGCGAGAUCCCCUAUCCCAAGUCGUCCCGUUCCUCAAGUGUUCAAGGAGGCCAAAUCAGAGAGCAAGAGAUUCUCCACUCCACCGCCGCGUCGGAAAUCUUUGUCUCCACCACGGGCGUCUCCCGUCGUUGAGCCGGCGAGGGCUCCGGGCAAGGUGAAACACAGGAAGGAGUGCAGGGACAAUGGACGGGCGGCAAAGGCUGCUGCACUGAAGGUGCUCGAGAAAUGGUCUGUGGAUCGCUCGCAGCUGCUCAUUGGGCAUAGGUUUGCGUCCGGAGCGCACAGCCGUUUGUUCCAUGGAAUCUACCAGGAGCAGCCUGUUGCUGUCAAGUUCAUCAGACUGCCUGAUGACGAAGAAGAGGCAGAGUUGUCAGCUCAGCUUGAGAAACAGUUCAGCACGGAGAUUACCAUGCUGUCCCAUCUCCAUCAUCGUAACGUCAUUAAGCUUGUUGGAGCAUGCAGCAGUCCGCCAGUCUUUUGCGUCCUCACUGAGUUCCUUUCCGGUGGUUCAUUAAGAGCGUUCUUACACAAGCAAGAGCACAAAUCUCUGCCUUUAGAGAAGAUCAUUUCAGUUGGCUUGGAUAUCGCACACGGCAUGGCAUACAUCCACUCGCAAGGAGUUGUCCAUCGUGACGUGAAACCGGAGAACAUCAUAUUCGACGGAGAAUGCUGCGCCAAAAUUGUUGAUUUUGGUAUAGCCUGUGAAGAAGCGUACUGCGACCCUCUGGCGAACGACCCUGGGACCUUCAGAUGGAUGGCUCCGGAGAUGAUGAAGCACAAACCCUACGGCCGAAAGGUUGACGUUUACAGCUUCGGUUUGAUCUUGUGGGAAAUGCUUACUGGCUCGGUGCCUUAUGAUGACCUUACUCCAUUCCAAGCAGCCUUUGCUGUUUUUGACAAGAAUGUGAGGCCAACCAUCCCUGUUAGCUGUCCAGCAGCAUUACGGCUUCUGAUCGAGCAGUGCUGGGCCUUGCAACCAGAUAAAAGGCCUGAAUUCUGGCAAAUAGUUCAGUUAUUGGAGAAGUUCAAGAUGUUUCUUGAUCGAGACGGGACACUCGACAACAUGCCAAGCUCAAAUUGCCAGGAGACUCACGAUCACAAGAAAUGGUUAGCCCACUGGGUCCACAAGCUCAAGCAUAGCCAUCAUCAUGACCUCUCUGGACCCCCACCACCAAAACUGCUGUGACUGUUCCUCCCCCUUUGAAACCUGUUCUAGGUAGUCUUCAGAAUGUAAUUAUCAAAAGUUCCUUUUGGUAUUUAACAAAGAAGUGUACAAUUUGUUUGUCUCCAUUGUUUCAUAGCACGGUAAGUACUACUUGUCUGGCUUCAACCUUGCAUCUUUUCAUCUUUUCUUUCGCCUUUUAUAUACUGUUUGGUGAGUGGUGCCAGAAUAUGCAUAGCAAUCUGCCAAUCUCCCUGACAAAUGUAUUUGUUCUUCUGUUUAUUGGUCUGUCGCCAACGACUCAUUCAUUAAGCCCUUGUAAAUACUGAGAGAAUUCAUGUGGCCUUUCUUUUAAAA